AUGAAUUCUGUUCAGAGGAGAGGCAGCGAUCAAUGUCGAGCAUGGCGAGCUGUGGUGCCGGGAACGAGGAGGUCGUCUUCGGAGACAAGUUCCGCAACAGAUGCUCGAAGUUCCUGGAAGACAUGUGCUUCAAGAACACCAAAGAAUGUGCAAGUCAUGAACUGUUGGAUCAGAUUUACGACGCUGUGUGCAGCCUGCGAAAAAUGCAAUCAGCAAGCGUCGAUGUGAUCAGAGCAUCCUGUGCAUAUGCGGACUUCAUGUGUAGGUACCAUACGUUCGAGAACAAAGUCAAAGUUGCCCAUUAUACCAGUGUGGGCACAGAGAUUGACAUUCUGUUGGACAGUGCUACCAUGCGCUCGAUGCCUGAUGGUGGAGCUUGCACGAAAGAAGACUCUGAAUUAUUUCAUCUCAAGCUCCUCAAUCCUGAAUUGUACAAGAAACUACAUCCGACUCGUGGACCUUUGCACCCUCUUUUCGAGGAAAUGAUCGCGAUCCUGCUGACAGACCUGAAUCCAUUUUUUCCAUCGCAGCCACGACAUCACAGUACGCUUGUGGCAGCCACCCUGCAAUACAUUGAAGGGUGUCAGUUAGAGCACGAGUACAGCGAGAGUGGGUUUGAGAUCCAGGCUGACACGCCUCACCUUCCUCUAUUUCUACGACACAAAUCUGGAAUUUCAGAAGCGUUUGUUCUCUUCGUCCUUGCUGGGUCUCAUCUGGUUCCAGAAAACUAUGCUUCCGAAGAUGGAAGCUCAGAUCGCCUAUUCUUCUACAACAAGAUAUAUCCGAUGCUCCCAGAGCUCAUUCCAUUCUCCGACCACGUCAACGAUGUUCUGUCUUUUUACAAGGAGUACGAGGAGGAAUACGUGGGAGCGAAUUACAUUUGCACCGUGGCCAAAGCUGAGAACAUCACCCUAUUCGAAGUCCUCGAUCGUCUCAUGAACCAGAUAGUGGAGAUCCGGAAGAAUGUAAUGGCCAUAGCGGAGAGGACCAAUUCUCUGGAGGUCAAGAGAACCGUUGCUCAGUACUUUCAAGGCUAUAUUGCCUGGCACUUUUCUUGGGAGAAGCGUUAUAGGCUUGGGGAGGUCUUUGGUGACGGCUGGUUCCAAGGUAAUCUCAUUUAAUGCGGGCCCAUUCGCAUGACGUUCUAAGAUAUGUUGGACGUAAUCAGUUGCCAAUUCGUGAACGGCAACAUGCAGCUAGCAGUUCUGUAGCAAGAUGCGUGUUAGAAUAAAUUAGCCAGAGAGUUAUAUUCAAUGUCUCUAGCUUCAAAAGCAUAAUCACUGCAGAUUUUACUCUGCCUACCUCUCACACUCACGUAGACAAGAAGACAACUCCAUCAUCAUUGGAUUCCACCUUCUCAGUCACUUGAUACUACACGCUUUACCUUCAAACCAUUCCUGUUUACUUAUUCGAGAACAACUCGUGAAACGCUCUGUAAUCGUAUUGCAUCGUAAAUCAGUUAUUGUGAUCGAUAAGCUCAAGUUAUAUAGUACCAAAAAAGUAGUAUCAGCUCACCAUCUUCGAGUCCCAUCUUCUUCGCUUUGAUAGCAUGUGGAUUUCUGGAUUUUGUUAUCCGAUUCUUAACACUGUUACCUUCAGAGUGUUAAAAAUGGAGUACAUGUUUCCGAUGGCAUGACGAUUGGUUGCACGGGCACGUAUUCAAGUCGUCAAGUUUCUCUUCAAAGCAUGUGGGCGAACGAGUCCGCACUCACCCCUCUAUGUAAUUUGAAAGAAUAUAAUUAAAAGAUAUGAAAUAUAUAAAAAAAUGUCACAAUUAUUUCUGAACUAUUAUUUUCAUCAGAUAAUCCG